UGUAAGUGUGGCAAUAAAAAAAAAGUGACAAGAAAGAAGAGAGUGCCAAGAAAGAAGGAGAGCAUUUAUCAAGGCAUGUUUGAAUUUCACAAGAAGGAUGUUCAACGAAUUGUUUGGCAUCUGAUAUUUGAGUUGAAGCCAUGUAUUGCUGUAACACUAUUGCCAGAACUGCCUGCCUACGUUCUGUUCAUGUGCAUUAGGCACACAGACUAUACAAAUGAUGAUGAGAAACUAUGGUCACUGCUUACAGCAACUGUCAACACCAUCAAGAAAGUUAUGAAGGAAAGACAUGAUGAUAUAGAUACAAUGGUUUUGUGGCUGACAAAUACUGUGAGACUUCUGAAUAAUUUGAAACAGUAUAGUAGAGACAGAAAAUUCCAGACUGUAAAUACUCGCAGACAGAAUGAACGGUGUCUAAGGAAUUUUUAUCUCUCUGAAUACAAACAAGUUCUUUACAAUACUACUGUAGAAAUCUACCAGAGUCUUACUGGGCACAUACAAGAAAAGGUACGUCCAUUGGUGGUGCCAGCUAUUCUUGAACAUGAACCAAAACGGAGCUUGUCAAGUAUACAGCCAUUGGAGACACUCUUGCAGGAAUUAAAUUCUAUUCAUAAAAUUAUGCAGUGCCAUAGUGUUGACUCAGAGAUUAUUCUCCAGAUAUUUAGGCAGAUUUUUUACUUCAUCUGUGCCAUUUCACUGAAUAACCUACUGCUUCGAGAGGAUUUGUGUCAUUUGACUAAAGGGUGGCAGAUAAGGCGUAAUCUGUCACAUCUUGAACAGUGGUGGUGUGACACAACAAGAAAGUCAUUGCCCGUCUUCUCAAUAAAUUUUUUGAAGGUUACAGUUGUUUGUUUAUGUCACUUUUUACAAAUGUAUCUAACUUUUGCAGGGAAUGUUGAGGAAAUGUCAAAUCCAGUAACAGUGUUGUCUUUGUUUGAUGAACUCAGUGAUGCAGAGGAGGAUCUCAUCUUGUCUGAUGAUUCUGAAGGUGAACAACACAAUUUACUCCUCAGAGAUCACCAUUCAACUACUGGGCAAGAGAUUUCAAAGGAUAAAGAAGAGGAGUUUUAA